AUGGCGGCACUACCGAAUGCUGAGCCUUUGGCAACGAAUGAGCUCUUCUUGGUGGUCUCGGAUCACUCCUCCUUUGCUCGCAAUGACCGUCUCCUGUGGUUUGUAGAGCGACUGCUUGCCGCCACCUCGUUAGAGGUCGCAGAGGACGAUGAAGCGCUCGGGCUAUUCAUGCUCUCGGCCACCACGCGGCUGGGCUCGCACUUCCUCCUGUCUGCCUCGGAGACCAAGCGGCUGUCGAAGCGCGGUACCCUCCGCACGGCCUCCAAGGACAACAGCGCCGCCACCCUCGUCGUCGUCGGCAAGCACACGGCGGCCGCCAAGGCCAGCGACGCGGUCGCCCCAGCGGCCACCACCGCCGUGAUCGCCGGUCCGGUGGCCGCCACACAGCCGCUGGCGCUCAAGCCCGGCAGCAGCGUGUACACAAUCUACGCGCGUCACCGCCUGGUGUUCUCCCUCGACAUAAGCCCGUCGGUGGCGAGCCUCACCCCGUCGGGGAGCGUUCUCUACGAGCACUUCUACACCGUGCUGGAGCACUGCUUCCUGGAGCUGAUCAAGCCGAUCGUGUUCCCCGCACUCAACAUAGAGGUUGUGCUGGAGGUGUUUGUGUCGGUGCUCGCUCAGGGUUCUACCGGCGACACAUUCCGAGUGUUGGUGCAAGGCGCAUUGCUCACCUCGGCGAAUGCUCACUCCCUGCUCGCUACGCUGAAGAAGCAGCUCAAGCAUCUCGAAACCGACAUCGCUCACAUCUAUCUCAACACCUACGUCAUGCUGUUGAACCGGGAGGACAUCUCAUGCUCGGUGAUCCUGCUCGACGGAUUCGAGGACCGGCCCUCCUGCCACUUUGGCUACAUCCCCGACACAGACAUGCUGCGCUUCCUGUGCAACUGCACCUCCGGCCAGUUCAUUCAGGAGGAUGACCUGCUGAGCGACCGGCCCGUGGAGGACGUGGCAAACGACCUCGCCUGCACAGCCAUCCAGCGACACUUGCUUAUCAAAGAGUUCAAACUCAUGCGCCCUGAAUCGGACAUGGCCGGCGGCAUGAGCGAUCCAUUGCUGCCGAGCAUGCUGCCUCCGACGGUGGCGGUGAAUCAUCCGUUUCCGUGGGUCUCGUACCCUCCGCCCGAGAUUCCCGUGGGCCGCUUGAAGGUGCGCGAGUACCACCUGGACUGCCACCUGUCGCACGUCGUCGACCUGCGGCUGCAGGAGGGCUUCCAGCUGCACAACCUGGUCUUCGAUGAGAGCAAGGGAGAGGUGGCCGCGCGGCUGCGACUGGGGUGGCAGCCGGACGUCAGCCUCGAGUACUGGCUCACCUCUGGUUCCACGUCGCGGAGGGGUUCCCUGGGCCAGUCCAACUUCAGCUCGCUCCUGGGGACCCUCCACAUCCGCAUCUACCUUGCCGCCCACCGCGACUUUCUUCACCGAUUCGAUAGCCAAAACCGACACAAACCGGGCUACACGCAACACUCGCCCAUCCAGCAAUUCGUGGAGGAGAUCGCCGAGACCGACCGAGUCCUCCGGGUGCUCCUCACCAAGAUGUCCAAGCUGGCCCUGCUCGCUCCCGAAGGACACGCGGGUCCUGGGCCGUCUCGUUCGAAAUGGAGCGCAGCCGUGAGCACUGAAACGGAGGACCGGCUGGCCCGGGAGGAAGAGCAACGCCGGCGAUUUUCGGAGCUCCUGCCGGCCCUACGUGGGCGACUGCACCGAUGGCUCAAGACGGAGAAGCUGGAGCUCCUGCUGCUGCCCGAGUCCUCGCUCUUCCCCAACGGGGUGGAGCACGCCGCCGAGAGCCUGAGCACCGCCUCGCGCCACCAGUUGAACCAGCUGUAUCAGCCGGCGAGGGAGACGCUGACUGCGGUGUGCCGCGACUGGACCUCCUUCGGCGACUCGCAGUCGGUGUUCGUGAAGCUCCUUCCGCCCUCCUCCACCGCCUCUGCCUCGCCCUCCUUCUGCCUCCUGCGACUGAGCUGGGAGACCAACAGUUUUGUGGUGGCGCACCUGUCUUUCUUCGCGCGGCCCGCAGAGAGGCGGUCGGCGCUGCGCAACCUCAAGCGCAGGAUCAACGAAGCCAAAGUCGGCGAGAAGCGCGAGACCCGGCAGUUUGGCAGUUUCAGCAAGCUCUUCCGGCCGAUCGUGGUCAAGUACGAGCCGAAGGACGUGGCCGACGCGCGGGAAGGCAGCCUGCCCUCCCUCAAUGCGCCCACCGUGCCGCUGCUGGGGACCUACCUGUGGAAGAAGCGCUGGGUGUGGCCCAUACCGGAGGACGACACAAGGGCAGCGGCGGCGAAGCUGCUCAUGGCAGCGCGUCUGCGGGAUCACUUCCUGUUGCUCACUUCAGCGCCCCAUUUCAAUCUUGUCAAGGAAAUGAGUUUCCGUGUCUCGUCCGGGCACGCCGCUGGACGAUAUGCGGGCUGCGUGGUGCAAUAUGUGCUCUACCAGCACCCGCCGUCCCACCUGGUGACCGAGCUCUGGAUCGAGCCUCAAUACGGAACCUACACGUUGGACUCGGGCAUGGCCAACGGCGGCCGGCGCACCCUCUCGGAGCGCGAGAUAUGGGAGGAGGCGGCCGAGUCGCUCUACCAGGCCGACUGCCGGGUCAUCUUCGCGCUGUGCUCGUUCGACCUGCUGAGCAACCACGUCAACCGGGCGCCGGGCUCGCGCAUCGAGCUCUCCAUCGCUCUCCCGCCGCUCAACCCCGGCUUCCAGAUCGAAGGGUCGGCCAUCGACGACUACGACUCAGGCGUCAGUCUCGAGUACAGCCUGCAGCGACCGGGCGUAAGCGUGCGGAGUUUGAUCGCCUUUGGUCUCAAGGCGGAGGAGUCGUACCCGAUGCUCAGUCCGUUCCUGCCACUGCCGUCUCCCGACGCCUCACCCGAGGAGGCCGAGAGCGCGGCCGGAUCCGCGCAGGCGGCGGCCAACAAGGCGCUCUACAACAUGCUCGCCGUGGCCCUGCGCGUGCUCACCGACUGUGAGGUGAAGGUGGAUGAGAGGAUGAUGUCUCAGUCCGAGGAGGCCAACGAAGACGAGGUCGCGGGGCAGCGUUGCUUCACCAAGGUCAUGUCCAACAUCCGUGUGGUGCUCGCCGUCCUGCCGCCCUACCACGCGCCUUCGUCGCACACACACAACCCGACCUUCCCCAUCCGAUACUACGAAUGCUCGCGUGAUGCCGUGGCGCAUCAGCCAACCAUGCACUCGCGCGUCGUGCGCGAAUUGUUGCUUUCGCUGGGCGACUACGAGACGGACAAGGAGCGAGGCCAGGCGCUGAAUCGUAUGACCACCUCUGCCGCGCUGGUCGUUCGCGCCGUGCACCGGCUCUACAAGCGGGCCUUCGUCAAGGCCGUCUACACGGCGCUCCGCGAUGGUGCGCCCGUGCACCCGCACGACAUCGCCCUGGGCUUGGCCACGUGCGCGCAAUACCACAUGCCGGUCGACUUCUCGCAGUACCUGCGCAUACUGCGGGCGCACGCGCCCGAGGGCGACUCCAUCUUGGCGCUCGAGGAGCGGCUGCGCAGCAUCGUGGCCGAGGCCUACCGACCGGUCACCGCCGGCUCGGCCGGGCUCUACUUUUACACCGGUAAGCCGAGCGACGCCGACGGCGGCGAGGCCGACGACGCCGCCGACGACGACGAAGAUGACGGCGGCGGGCCCAGCGACGAGGAGGAGUCGUUCUGGAAGGAGGAGCUUCUCUUCUACGCGCCGCAGUCGCAGCAGCAGAUGAUGAUGACCCAGCCGCUACCGACGGCCAGCCUCAUGCGGCGCAACCCGUCCGUGGGCGUGUUCCCGUUCCCGUUCUUCCUCAAGGUCGACCCCAUAUCGACGGCCGUGUCGCGCGCCUCGUCGGCCAUCAAGCCCAACAAGGCCGACAAGGCCGGCGUCGACACCGACAUCGACGCCGACGAGGACGCGCUGGGGGAGAGCAACGGAAUGAAGGACUCGAUGGGCAGCGGGACCGAGCUGUCGGACUACGGCGACGACACCUACGGCGAUGACACGGACGUCACCGACGCGACCGACAUCGGCGAGGACACCGACACCGGGACCGACGGCAUGACGCCCAAGCCGCUGCGCAGCUUCUCGACCGACACCGACACCGAUGACCCCGACAUCCAGGAGGAUGUGGAGGCGGACGCGUUCGACUACCUCCACUCCCAGAGCAGCGCCUCGUUCCUCCGCACGUCGCGGGGCAAGGUGGUCCUGCAGGUGGUGGCGCUCACGCUGCCCCCGCUGCCCACGCCCAGGAACGCGUCGACCGGCGACUACUUUGAGGAGCUCACCCGCGGCACCAACGCCCGAAGAUCGGAUCACCACGGCCACCACGGACGCUCGCAAUCGCACGGCAAUCACGCCGCGGGCCAGUCGGGCGCUCACGACAUCCCGCGGCCGUACAACACGCUGCCGGCCCCGAUCCUCAACGCCAUGACGGUACUGCGCGCGGAGAUCCACGCCUCGCUCACCCUCUACACGCUCGACAAGAUCCGCCAGUCCCUCCGUCUCGGACCCGCCGGUGGCGUCGACCUCCGCGAAGACACUCUGGGUGUCGUCGUGCAGCAGGUUGAUUCGCUCCCGUCAGGCAGACGACAUGUGGCUGUGUACCCGCUGGUCUUUCUGGAAGCGGGCAAGGGAAUGCAGAUAUUCCUGCGGCAGUUGGCGCGGCCGCAGGCACAGGCAGACGCGCUACGACUGCAGCCGGUCGGCGAGGACUUCCUCGCGCUGCCCGACGAGGCGGUCGACGAGGUCGACAAUGUCGAUGACGGCGACAGCAGUGUGGAGGGCCUUCUCCACGCCGACCUCGAAGAUGAGCGUUUGAGCGAAGAAGACGACGACGACGACGACGAGGCCAGCGACAGAGAAGGCCGCGAGGGAAAGGGCGAGAAGAACAAGCUUCCCUAUUGGCUCAUCAUCACGCCGGAGGACAGCCGAAUCAACGGCCCGCGGGUGCGACUGCGAUUCCAGCGAGGCCGGCUCACGCCCGAGGAGGCUCGCGCGGUGGUCAUGCGCGCCGAGCGGUCCAUUGCGCACCUCGUGCGUCGCGUGAACCAGGAAAUCCUCUUGUGGUCGUUGCAUAAGACGUCGCAUUGCUCGGCGCUGCUCAUUCCGCCAUCCGAGAGCGACGAAAAGGAGAAGACGCAACGCAGCGCCUGGCAAGACAACUUCAUCCUUCACGUCGGCAAGGAGCGGGCGAACCCGUUGUUCUUCGACUUGGAGGCCUACCGGCCGGGUCGCUUUGCCUGUCCGCGGGUGCAUGUCAUCCGAUUCCCUCUUCAUCGCAGGCUCGAGCCCGACGCGGCACUACGCGCCGUGAUCGGUGCCGUCCUCGACCCCUUUGCCAUCGGCAACCGUCGGCACAUCAAGGAGUCGACGGGAGUUGCGACGCCAACGCCGGUGGCGAAGAAGGUGUCCGAGGCGGACGUCAGGCCUCAGGCCCGAUCGCCGCAGGUCGCCGCGCUGCGGGACAGCCAGGAGCUGAAGCGGAUGGGCUCGCGGAGCGGCGAGCUCUCGCUGGUCCGCGGCGGCGCGGACAAGGACGGCCUCCUCGGGGAGGAGGAGCCGACCGGCUACGUGCUCCAGGUCGAGGUGUUUGGCGUCGAAGAAGUCGGCGCCGAGAUCGCCGACCAACUGCGCGAGGUGGUCGAAAGCCGACUGUCGUCGACAACCCUGGCGGUCAUCUCGAGCCUGCUGCUGCGCAACCCGCUGCUGAAGCUCACCGCCGAGGACGUGGCCUUCCUCCAGCCCUCGCCCGUCCCCGACAAGUCCGUCACACUGGGCCUGCCGUUGGUCCUCUCCGACUGCUACCUCUUCCUCCACCUCCUUCGGCAGAAUCUCCUCCUGCUGCUGUACCGCAUGCAGUUCGCGGUCGGACCGUCGGGGCGGCCUACGCUGGACUCGCCCAGCGUCACGGGCGAGGUCGACGCCGUGCCGACAGUGACCGUGACAGCCCCGGAGGACGAGCAGACCGACGAACUCGUGACCAUCACCGAAGCCGACUUCAUGUUCCUCUACAACCAGGGCGCCGCCUCCGGGCCGGGAGGCGCCGGCGGCGAAAUAGGACAGGGCAUGGCGUGCGUGUUCAUACGGCUGCUGGACGCCCACGGGCGGACGGUGCUGCGGGUGCCUCACGUCCCGCAGGCGGCCGACCGCCCCCAGAUCGACGAGUGGCUCAGCAUCGUGCGGGCGCAGCUGCCCCAGUACUCCCCCUCCCUCGCCCGCACGGACGAGCGCGAGUGCCGGUACCGCAUCGCCAUCGACAUGUGGGGCCGCGGUGGCCUCUCCAUCGACGCCCUCUCCCAGAAGCUGUCGGAGCGGAUUCACCAGACCCUCCGUAAGACUCUCUUGGACUACGCCCUGGAAACGAGCGCACUGCGUCGGGCGGCCAUGCCCUUGGCCGCGCGCGAUCUGCUGGAACAGGCGGCGGCGAUCAGCAGCCCGUCGGUCAACCUCGUCGGUGGUCCCGUGUCCAUGGGCGCCUGGGAACUCCAGACCUUCGUCACCAGCCUGCUCACGCUGCUUCACGACAUGCGACCCGCAUCGAAACCCACGCUCCUCGUGCGCUACCCGGACGCUGUGCAUAGCGUCGAGGCGCGGAAGGUGCCCAAGGUGCUGAUUGCCAACAAGCAAAAGUUCCUCUUCACGAUCGUCGUGGGCGACAGCGAGACGGCGCAGAUCGAGGAGGACCGCAAGGAGGGCCCCACGGUGUCGGUGGGCCGACGCCGGUGGUUCGCCAUCGGCAAGAUCACCGCCGAUCGGGCCGAGGUGCUGACCUACAACUGGGCCACGUCGUUGACCGAGCGCCUCUCGUCCUUCGUCGAGCAGCACGCCGGGUGGGCUCGUCAGCGCGACGUAGUCCUGCAACGCAUUCUGUAUCAGAAAAUGGGGCUCUACUGCCGCUUGAGUCAUUUGCCCAAGCCCACGCCCGCCGGCGGAUCGUCCGCGACUCCCGGCGGUGGUCCUGCGCCCGGUCGACAGAUCCCGGCGGCGCUGCGCUUCCUCCGCGGCGUUCCGAUGCCCACCACGCCCAAGGGCGGCGCCGAGAAGAGCGGCGCCGCCGCUUCUCCCUUCUCCAUCGAGGCAAUGGAGGCGUUAAUCCCGCAGCCGGCGUUGCCUCCACAAACGCCCAAGUCCGAGGCCCGGCGCGAGGGCGGAGGCGGUGCGAGAGGCGCGGGUCAGGGCGCGCAGGGGACGCCCGGGGCGGGCUCGCGGGGCAGGGACCGCGGCGAUGGCGGCAGCGCUGGCAAGGAGGAGGACUUCGACCUCGUCCUCCAGAACAAGGCGCCCACCGUUCCGCUCCACCGCACGCCUCUCGCCAACGAACCCAACCCACUCGCCCGACACGGCUACCAACUCAAGGAAAUCGCCGCGCACCACCACACCCGGAUGAAGAAGCUGUACGAUCUGGUGCGCGUGACCUCCCAGUGGCGGCACAACGUGAUAUCGGUCCGGAACGACGGGCGGGUGGGUCCGCAGGGCCACGCCAACCACGCGCAGACGAUCACCCAUUCGGCGCGUGUCGUGUGCUGCUACCGCGUGCCGUUCCGCUUCACCGCCGGCCACACCAAGCAGGCACCCACGGCGCCGCCCUCGUCGGAGCGGCUCUACCUCUCGGCCCAGCCCAAGCAGGCCGCGAGCGAAUCCGACUGGGCGCAGGACGUGGCCUACAAAUUCCUCGAGCAGUACACCCGCUACCUCCGACUGCUCGGCGGCACCUCCCUCCCCGCACACGCCCCCAACGAUCCGGAUCAAGGGCGAACGGCGUACCUGUACAAACCGGUGGGUGACGAGGGCGUGCUGCUGCUCGCGGUCGCGCUCCGCGGUCGCUUCGUGGCCUGCGACGUCUACGGCCUGCAGCUGCCCGCCCCCGCCGCAGAAUCCCGCAGCAAGAACUGGGGCAAGCAGAUGGUCCGCGAGUGCGGCCGCGUGCGACAUCAGCUCCACCUGGGGUCGUCGGUGUAUGAUUUCCACGUGGAGGCGCUGCACUCGUUCCUGGCGGCGCCCGACGCUGCGCUGCCGCCGCUGCCGUCGGCCGAGUGGCUCGCCACCCUCCACUCGCUGUCGCAGGACGUGCCGGCGCCGCCCUCCUACGCGCGCAACCAGCUCGCAGCCCGCAUUCUUUCCAUUCCACUGCCCAACAACGGCAUCCGCAUCGGUCCCAUCGAACUGUUCCAGUUCAUCUGCCGACACUCCUCCCGCUACGGUCUUCGCACCCUCGACGCGCGCGGCAUCGUGCCAGCGUUCUAUUUCACGGCGCCGACGCCGGCCUCGCAGCUGCACGAGGUCUACUCGGUGGUGGCCUUCGUGCUGCCCGACACUCUUCAAGCGUCGUCGUCGUCGUCGUCGUCUUCAUCGGCCUCGUCGAGCACCGCCUCGUCAUCGAAUCGCAUGUCGGCGCUGGGCAUCUCGACUGCCACGUCAGCAACCACCACGGCGUCGUCCGUCACUUCCACGCCGGGCGCGGCCAACACCGGCGGUGCCUCGUUCGUCCCGCAGCCGUCCCUCCUCUCCGGCCUGCCGAGCGGCCGCGAGGGCAGCCUCGUCGGCAAGCUCCUCCCCGGCGGCCGCGAGGGCAGUUUCCUCGGCGGCGGCACCAGCAGUCGUCAGCCGACGCUGGUCCAGCAGCAGGAGGGCGUGUCGGCGGCCGCAACCUACACGCCGCGUGUGAUGCGGAUCAAGAUGUUCAUUCUCCGCACGACGCCGUCGCACACGGUGCCGCUGGCGUCGCCGCGCGCGCCGUCGGCCGUGGGCGAACUCGAUCUCGACAUCGACAUCGCCGGUGCCAUGGGCGAGGUGGGCGAGGCCGCUGCGCGCCGACUGCGCGAGGUGGUCGACACCGCCGCCAUGCACCGACGCCGGGACGACCUGUGGCUCAAGCUCAGCAAGCUUCCAUCCUACCCAGGCUCGGGAGGAGACGGUUCGGGCGUAAUGAGCGAGGCCGAGGUGUGUCUGCUGAUGCAGAUGGCCAGGUGGCGCGCCAUCGACGACGUCGACCCGUCGCUGGCGCUCGUGUGCUCAAUGCCGCCACCUCUUCCUCAUGUCGGCCGCGUCGCCGACCUCCUCAUCCACCUGGCCCUGCCGGGCGCGCCGGCCCUGCCCUCGUCGCCGCCUUCAUCGCCGCCGCCCCAGCCGGCCGUGUUCAACAUGCCCUGGCUCUCGUCGGCAUCGUCGUCGGUGCCGUCGUCGCCCUCGUCGAUGAUGCCAUCAUUAUCGGCCGAGGUGGGCGAGGGCCAGCCGCGGCUGUACAUCUGCCGACGGCUCACCGAGUCGGUGGGCACCGACGCGGAGGAGGACCGACAGGAGGAGGCCGACCUCACGGCCCUCGUCAAUACCCUCUGCACGUUCCUCACCCGCCUCCUCACCCUGCCCUCCCCCAACGCCAAAGGUUGA